AUGUGGACGAAAGACGACCUCCAAAAGCUCGUUCAACGACAAACUAGCGAAUUUCGGCUGAUCAUAGUUUCCAACCGCCAACCCUACAUCCAUGACUUGGUUGAUGGUGAGCCCCAGUAUGUAGUCCCUUCAGGCGGCUUGACUGCCGCCUUAGACCCCCUGAUGCAGGCCUGCGGCGGAACUUGGAUUGCCUACGGCGGCGGUAAGGGAGACAAGUACAUUGUUGACCGUGACAGUAGGGUGAUGGUUCCACCCGACAACCCUUCCUAUUCCUUGCGGCUGGUGUGGCUCACGGAAGAAGAGGAGCAGGGCUAUUACUAUGGUUUCUCCAACGAAGCUCUAUGGCCUCUGUGUCAUAACGCCUACACCGAACCCAUUUUCGAUCUCAGGGACUGGCAAACCUAUCAGGCGGUAAACAGGAAGUUUGCCGAUCUUGUACUAGAUGAGGUGGGCGACAGUCCCGCUAUUGUGCUUACCCAGGACUACCAUCUGGCGCUCUUGCCUCAAUAUCUGCGUCAAUCCUCAGCUCCGAUCAUUACCGGGCAGUUCUGGCACAUUCCCUGGCCCCACUCUGAGAUUUUCCGCAUUUGUCCAUGGCAGGCUGAACUCAUGGAGGGCCUGCUGGGAAAUAAUCUGCUGGGUUUUCACAUUGGCGACCACUGCAGCAACUUUAUGGAUGCUGCUUCCCGUACCUUGCCUGUGCGGGUGGACACUGAAUAUAACCGCAUCGAUUACCAGGGGGAGACGACCCUGGUCCGUCCAUUCCCCAUCAGCAUCGACUUCGAAGAUAUCUGCCACUUGUCGGAAAGCGUCGAAGUCGAGGAGGAAAUGGAACGAAUCAAGGAAGAAUGGGGGUUCUCUGACCAGCUAAUUGGCUUGGGCAUUGACCGGGUGGACUACACCAAGGGGAUUCCGCACCGGUUCAGGGCUAUUGGCAGGUUCUUCGAAAAAUAUCCGGAAUAUAUGGGAAAGGUGGUCUUCGUCCAGGCCGGGGUCUUGAGCCGGAGCGACAUCGAGGCUUACCAGCUGUUGGGUGGCCAGAUAGAUCGCUUGGUGGGUGAAAUUAACAGCCGGUUCGGGUACGGCGACUGGCAACCUAUUGUUUAUAAGCCUGAUGACCUUCCUUCCGUGACGUUGAUGGCCCUUCGGCGCCUCUCCCGGUUCUGCAUUGUUAGUUCGCUGCAUGAUGGCAUGAACCUGGUAGCCAAGGAGUACGUGGCAAGCCGCUUUGACGACGACGGAGUUCUGAUCCUAAGUCCCUUUGCCGGCGCCGCUUUGGAGCUUACGCAGUCCCUUAUAGUCAAUCCAUACGCCACCGAAGAAAUGGCCGACGCUAUUCGAGACGCGGUAACCAUGCCGUCGGAAGAACGGAGACGCCGUAUGGCGCACAUGCGGGGCAUAGUCAGGGAAAAUAACAUAUACAAGUGGGCUGCCCGCCUUCUGGUAGAGUUGAUGCAGUGCGCCAGGGAAACCAACUUCAGACGUUCCCUUUACGCUUCCGCCACCGCUAGCCGUCAAAUUUCGGAAGCCGAACAUGUGCUGAUGCUGUUCGACUAUGAUGGCACUCUUUCUCCUAUUGCCACACGCCCCGAUCUUGCCGCCCUACCCGGCGAGACCCGCGAUUACCUCCAGGCAUUGAACAGUAAGGCAGCUUAUUCCUUGGGAAUUGUAAGCGGAAGGAGCUUGGACGACGUUUCUGCAAUGGUGGACGUGCCAGGGCUAAUUUAUGCCGGCAAUCACGGCCUUGAGAUUCAGUGGGAAAAGGAAGAGUUCAUUCACCCUGAAGCGCUGGCGUUGCAACCUGUCAUAGAUUCCAUACUGAGGGACCUGGAUGACAGGUUGUCUGGGUAUGAAGGAGUUCUGGUUGAAGGCAAGGCUCUUACUCUUACUGUACACUACCGACUCACUCCGGAGUCGCUUCUCACCCAAGUACAUGCCGGGUUUGAUGCGGCGUUGAGCGACUAUGCUGGCAGCGGCAGAGUACGCAUAACCAGAGGCAAGGAAGUCCUUGAGGUGCGUCCCAACAUUUCCUGGGACAAGGGGAGAGCCAUUGACAAAAUAGCUUCCCAAUUCGCCGAUAGCACCCUUUCGGUAUUCUUCGGGGACGACGUAACCGAUGAAGACGGUUUCGCCGCUAUUCGCGAACUGGGUGGAAUAUCCGUGUUUGUUGGCGGUGCCCGCGAACCCACCCGCGCCCUUUACCGGGUGGACUCCCCAGCAGAAGUUGCCGAGACACUAAGACUGCUUACAGAGUUGUAG